AUGUCUUAUGAAGAUACUCAACAUCUCCUCGACUCUAUCACCGAUCCGGACUUCGACCAGCGUCUGAUGGGCCACACGAGUGGUCAGGCUACCAAGGAAGUUGACGAAGUAGAUAUGUUCACGGGUCUCAACAAUUCCACCUCUCAGAACCCUCAUGCCGAACUUGGAAUCGAGAACGAAGAUCUCCUAGCAUCCAAUCCCUUUGAAAAAGAGUUCAUGGAAGCAUACGAAGCAGAAAAUGUCCGAGCUCAGGCUUCUUCAGAGUCCGAUGCACAGAUGAGUGGGCCUAACAACAAUGGCAGUACUAUCGCCGACGAUGAUAGUCAAGUUCCUGUCUCUACUGCUGUCACACCCGCGACUCAGUUCUCUUCACCUAUGAAUCCGGAGGACUACUUGUCGGAGUCGUUCCAGACACAGCCAUAUCCGCCACUUAAUAACCAGCCUCAGCCUUACCCUGCUCCCAUGGGUCAACCAUUCUAUGACCAGGCGGCCCUUCAGCAAAUGCAGCCCUUCCAAGUACGACAACCCACUGGCCUUGGUGGACGUCAGAUGAGACAAGCGCAAUAUCCCCAGCAGCAAUUUUUCUUCUCUAUGAACAAUCAGCUUCAUCAACCUCUCUCUGGGCAAGCAUCUCACCCAGCCUUUCAAUCUCGCAAUCCCCCUCCUCAGGGACCACCUCGCAAAGGCCCUGCCCCUAGUGAACCAACCCGUCACAAGAUCCCAACCAACCCAGCCAACAUCAAUCCCCACACUGUAGAGCAGCAGUCGCUCCUCUUAGAGCUGCAGCACUUCACCCAUGAAUACCAGGGCUACAUCACGAACCCAGUCCAAGCUCGCCAGAUAGGCAAUCUCUUUCUCUCACUCGCACACCAUGAAGUGACAGUCACACCGCCAGACAUGGAUCCCACAUUCCCUCGAACGAACGAAGCGUAUCGCGCUCGUGUGCAGGAGCUCUUCAUGGCUAUAGUGGACUGGUCGAAUCCUAGGGGCUGGCGAACGAAGAUGGGAACGAAGCUUGCUGUGCAGUGGGUUGAAGAAGUCAAGGUCUAUCGAAAGAGUGUCGGGCUUUCUGUUGAGCCGUCUGAUAUGCUUGAUCACCAAAUCGAACCUCCUCUUGAAAGGAUGCCUCCUGUGAACGAGCAGUGGAAGAAUGUCGUUCACCGUCAGCUGUCCAACAUUGAGAUUGAGAUUCUCAGUUCUAAGAUCCUCGACUCAGCCAUGCUGUCGCAGCAGGAUCGGAACUUUGACAACAAGGUUUUGAUUCACUCAGCCCUACGCUCAUCGUGGCUCUCCCGAAUCACCAACUCCCCAGUCGCCGAGCUUGUCCGCAAGGAGAACAACAAGGCUGGCAACGACAAGAAGCGGAAUGCUGCUAGCCGUCUGAGUGGCAAGGGUGCCAAGAGACUUCAGAAUGAAGGGAGUGAAGGUGAAGAAGAUGGAAGGAAGACGAAGAGGAAGAGAAACUGA